AUGGUGGUUUGCGCGCUCAUGCUUCUCUCGUCCUCUUUCGUCGCAGCUGAGCCAGGUGGCCGGCAAUGGGGUCACGGGAGAGAGGCAACGGUGGCGCCGACGACGAUGGCAAGAGGGCGUUUUGUAAGAAAGGUGCUGCGGGAGGAGAUGGUCCAGGCGGACGACAACGAUGUCGUCGACAUUGCCGGCUCUAAGAGGAAGAGUCCCGGUGGCCCAGACCCUCAGCAUCAUUAA